AUGAAGUUAUUGCCAGAGAAAAUCUUCGGCCGCGUUAUCGCCUUGGCGAGUGGCCACCGAGAUUCUGCGAUUGGACACCGUUGGACUUUUAUAUCGCUGCCGGAAAUUGAUGGACUGAGUAAGGAGACAGUUCUUACGUCGUGGAUGGCCAAAUUUGAUAUAAUACUUAAAGGUACCGGAGAAGAAGACUCAAAGAGACCAUCAAGAAUGCAACAGUCGCUUAAUAGUGAAUUGAUCCUAUCUAAGGAACAGUUAUAUGAUAUGUUCCAACAGAUAUUGAGCGUGAAGAAAUUUGAACACCAAAUUCUAUUUAACGCUUUAAUGUUGGAUUCAGCCGACGAGCAGGCAGCAACGAUUCGUCGUGAGCUGGAUGGCAGAAUGCAGCGAGUAAGUGAUAUGGAAAAGAAUCGAAAGCUAAUGCCAAAAUUUGUUCUGAAGGAAAUGGAAUCACUCUAUAUCGAAGAGUUAAAAUCAUCUAUAAAUCUGCUAAUGGCAAAUUUAGAAUCUUUGCCUGUAUCUAAAGGAAAUAUGGAUAGUAAAUAUGGAUUACAGAAACUAAAACGUUAUAAUCAUAGCACUCCUUCGUUUCUGUUGGCUCCUGGCCUAUUUAGCCAAAAUAGUGCUCAUGUUAAUCUAUGUAAAAUCUAUUUGUGUACCAAGUAUGACGAAAAAGUACUUCUCUAAGUUGGGUCCAAAUCACUGAAGAGCAUGAAAUCGGGUCUAUAGUUUCAGUGGAGUGCAACAUAUUAUGACAUUACGCUUUUUCUCACAAAAAUUUCCACACCUUAAAAUUUACAGAAUACACGCAGCAAGUGAUGCUUCAGUCAUUCAAAGCAAUCUCUGCUUUGCUUUUUGAAGUUUGUUAUCAACCACACUGCAGACAAUUCUCCAUUUAUAACAAAGCAGAAGUACAGCGAGAAAAAAUUUCAACAAAAAUCUAGUCUUAAUAUAAUAAUAGCCCCAAAAAAUUGCAACUAAGUGCAAGAUUAUACAAAUAGGGAACCCGCAAGUAGCAAAAGAUUUACAUCAUCAGAUGAAGAAAUUCUUGGCAACUCUUGGGAGUGCAAAAUGAAAGUGACAGUGCUUUAUAUUGAAUUUCAAUUUUUAAAUAAAAUAUAUAUAUUGUGCAAACUAUACAAAGUAAUUCAGGCAAGUGCCUCCUCUGAAACUGAACAAAGUGAAGUGAAAGUGAAGCCUUCUAAAUAAUAAAUUGUGUUUCAUGCAUAGAUUGGCGCUCCACCAAAACUAAACAAUAGAAAAAAAACAAACAAACAGAAAAACUAUAAACAAAUAAUUUACACUAGUUGAACAGAGACAAAUAUAAAAAUAAUUAAACAAGUAUUAAAAGCUCUGGAAUUAAAUAAAGGUGCAUAGAAGUAUGCAGGAAAAUUUGUAUUUGAAUGUGCCGUUUCUAAAUUAAAGCUGCCAAAAUGCUGUGUUGCGAAAUCCCUUGUUUUUUGGGACUAAAUUGGUCAUUU